UUUGUCAUCUGAUGAGUUCAGAGGCUUUUGGAUCUCCUGGGCGGCAGAUGGAACCAUCGCUGCCGGUCGCGAUGGAGAAAGCAGUCCGUUCAUGCAGUGGCGGGACCCUAACCCGCUCGGUAUUGCGUACUUCGGGUACUCAACAGGUUGGGGCAGUGCCGGAGAGUUUAGAUUCCCCUGUCAGCCAAGAUACUCAUUACUGAUGCCUUCGUAUUACGGCUUUGACAUCUACAAAGUACCCGUGAAUGGAAGCAUGAUAAGUGCCAGUCUCCGCACCGCUUGCGAAGCCCAGGGGAUGCAACCAGUGUGCCACAAGGCUAACGAAGAGGCGAAACCGGAAAACUGGUUUUCUUACUGCCAAACCAUCCCGGUUGGAACGGAAGUAUCAUCAGAAGAAAAGCAUCACGAAGUUCUAGCAUAUCAUUUGUGUGGUUCCGUGCUUCCAAAGGCAUGCGAGCCACUGCAUGAUACUUUUGUUGCUAGGCGGGGCUGGCGAACCAAUGACGGCGCGUGCGGUGCCAGACCAUUUGCAUGGUGCAGCAAUGGCAACAAUUUCUACAACAAGCACGCUCUUUGUGCCAGAGUUUCAGAGGAAGGCAGUGCAGCGUUCCAGGAGGAAUUGACAUACCACUGCACUGGUGACAAGCCGUCCUACGUUACCAUGGCUACCAGCGGCACGAUAACCAGUGGAGAUAAUGGGCGGCGGAACUACAGCAGCGACAGUCUGUGCAGCUGGACCAUCGAAGCACCGUCUGGAAUGGGCGUGUCACUGACCUUCCUGACAUUUGACCUGGCCGAUGAUGGCGAAUGCCUAUCGGAUUACGCCGCGGUGUAUGACGGGAGCAGCCAAAGCUCUGCUCUGCUGGGCAGGUUUUGUGAGAGUAACCCUGGCGUUGUGAACAGUACGGGCAACUUGAUGCAC